AUGGGGUAUUCAAGUGAGACACUUUAUGAGAUCGAUUGUGUUCAAAGGAUGCUUGAUCAUUUCAUGGUUGCAGAUCGAGAUCACGAUCAAGAUGGAAGUGAAAUUACUGAUUUGGGUUGCUUAGAAGACAAUGACGUUGAUUUAAUCAGGAAUUCUCACUCGCUUACACCCGUGACGAUGGUGGCUAAUCUCAUCGACAACUAUCUUGCUGAGGUGGCAUCCGAUGUUAACUUAAAGCUCGAAAAGUUUCAAUCUUUGGUUGCUACUGUCACUGAUUUUUCAAGGUCAAACGAUGACGGAAUGUAUCGAGCAAUAGAUAUAUAUAUCUCAAUGUACAGUUGA